AUGCGGUCGGCAUCCGCAUUCCUUCUCUCGGUAAUCGCUCUCGUCUGCUGCUCUGUCUCGAUAGCAGCCUGGAGCGAUGUCUACGAUGUGAAUCUCGUUCCCCGAUCUCCUUAUCCGCUUCUCGAUGACCGGCCCCCCGAGUGUCCGCCCUGCUUCAACUGCCAGCUCGACUCCUACAACUGUACCCACUUUGCGCCCUGCAACAAGUACAACGGCAAAUGCUCUUGUCCUCCGGGCUUUGGAGGAGACGACUGCUCAACUCCCGUGUGUGGUUCUCUAGCCGAUGGCGAGAACCGCCCGACACGCAACGGUGACACCUGUAGCUGCAAAGAUGGCUGGACCGGUAUCAACUGCAAUGUCUGCGAAACGGACAAUGCCUGCAAUGCGAUGAUGCCUGAAGGCGAGGGCGGCAGAUGCUACAAACAAGGUGUCACCAUCAAGGAGAACUUCCAGAUGUGUGAUGUAACAAAUCGAAAGAUCUUGGACCAGCUUGAUGGCCGGAAACCUCAAGUGACCUUCUCUUGUAAGGAUGAGGAUAAGACCUGCAACUUCCAAUUUUGGGUCGGCCAGAAAGAAUCAUUCUACUGUGGCCUGGAUACAUGCGAGUGGGGCAUGGAGAGCGAUUACGAUAAGAACACGACUCACUACAAGUGCGAGAAUGCCCAUUGUAGCUGCAUCCAGGACCGGUUCCUGUGCGGCGAAAAUGGAUCCAUUGAUCUCAGUGUCUUCCUUGAUCAAGUCAUCAAAGGUCCGGCCACUUUUUCCACUCAAUCGACCGCGAAAGGCACCAAGAGUGUCUUCUCAGAACCCGAAAUGAACAACCUUAUCAGUGGCGUCUUCGGUGACCCAAGCAUCUUCUUGACCUGCAACUCAGGAGAGUGUCUAUACAAGACCGAUGUACCAGGCUACGAGCGGCCGAUUAAACAGAUUAACACUCCUCUGAUUGCAGGCGUGAUCGCCGGUUGUUCGCUCUUCGUUGUCGCCGUGAUCUUGCUCGUUUGGUAUCUGUCCCGCCGUGCUGCUCGCCGAGGCUAUCUCCGGCUGUCUCUGUCCGAUGAUUCCGAUGACGAAUCGGCUAAGCUUCUGGCUGAGCAUCGGCCUGCGGCACUUCACUGGGACAAUGUGUCCUACUACUUGAACGGCAAAGAGAUCCUCUCUGGAAUUCAUGGUGCUUCGGGACCAGGACAGAUCACUGCGAUCAUGGGUGCAUCUGGUGCAGGCAAGACCACUUUCCUGGACCUCCUAGCGCGGAAGAACAAGCGUGGCGCUGUUCACGGCAACUUCUAUGUGAAUGGCGAAAAGUUGGACGACAGCGAAUUCAAGAGCAUGGUGGGCUUCGUUGACCAAGAAGACACGAUGCUGCCAACCUUGACCGUUCACGAGACCAUUUUGACCAGUGCUCUUCUCAGACUUCCGCGGGAUAUGAGCCGAGCAGCCAAGGAACAGAAAGUUCUAGAGGUUGAAAAGCAGCUUGGAAUCUACCACAUUCGAGAUCAAUUGAUCGGCUCGGAAGAAGGCAAGGGUCGUGGUAUCUCUGGUGGUGAGAAACGCCGUGUUGGUAUUGCUUGCGAGCUGGUCACCAGCCCCAGCAUUCUUUUCCUGGAUGAGCCUACCAGUGGAUUGGAUGCAUACAACGCGUUCAAUGUGGUCGAAUGCCUGGUUACCCUUGCCAAGACAUACAAUCGCACCGUCAUCUUCACCAUUCAUCAACCGCGCUCCAACAUCGUUGCUCUCUUUGACCGACUCAUCCUUCUUGCGGGUGGUCGCACAGUCUAUUCCGGUCCUUUCUCGACAUGCCAACAGUACUUUGAUCAUAUUGGAUAUUCAUGCCCUCCGGGAUUCAAUAUUGCAGACUACCUCGUGGAUCUCACGAUGCACGCGAGUGUAGCCACUUCUUAUUCUGACGAAAUUGAAUCUGCUGUAGAUCGACACAAUGGUCCGUCCAAGACUGCUUCGAGUAGCCUCCGAGCGGUCAAAUCCGUCACGAGUGCUUCCAAUGUGAGCAUUGAGGACACCUCGAGUAUAGCACCAGAACCAACGAGAAGACCAAAGAACAACCGGCGUGUAUCAGUCAAGCAGCAACAAGAUCGUCAGCUUUACUCCCGACGCAAGGAUCAAGAACAGCAACGUCCCUUUACACCCAAGACCGACGAGGAAGAUGCUACGCUUGAUGUGGCGGAGAACACCCAGCAAUGGCUUCGGUUGCAUCGCCAACAAGGCAAUGUUCCCCCACAGAUUCUCGACGAUCCUGACCAGCUGCCUCCUCCAGCACCUGGCCAGACUGAUCUCGAUAUCCUGGUGGCCAGCUACGCUAGCUCAGACGUCUUCCGCUCAGUUCAAGAUGAAAUCUUGACUGCUGUCCAGACCGCACAUAAUGCGAAUGGCUCCACCAACUCGCAUCUGACGAACGGGUCAGGGUCAGGACAGACGAGCUAUGCUCGAGUCAGUCUGGCUCGGCAGUUCCUCAUCCUGUCGCAACGCACAUGGCGCAACCUCUACCGUAACCCGAUGCUGAUGCUCACACACUAUGCUAUUGCCAUUCUGCUGGCCGUUCUUUCCGGAUAUCUCUUCUAUGGGUUGACGGAUGAUAUCAAGGGCUUCCAGAAUCGAUUGGGUCUUUUCUUCUUUAUCCUGGCCCUGUUCGGCUUCAGCACUCUCACGAGUUUGACGGUCUUCUCCACUGAGCGACUGUUGUUCGUCCGCGAGCGAGCCAACGGCUACUACCAUCCGGUCACAUACUUUGCCGCCAAGGUUGUAUUUGAUAUCGUGCCGCUCCGGCUCAUCCCGCCCAUCAUCAUGGGUAUUAUUGUCUACCCUAUGACUGGAUUGAUCCCUGCAUGGCCCGAGUUCCUCCGCUUCAUGCUGGUUCUGGUCCUGUUUAACCUCGCCGCUGCUUGCAUCUGCUUGUUUGUCGGAAUUAUCUUCCGGGAUGGUGGCGUGGCAAACCUGAUUGGCAGUCUUGUCAUGCUUUUCAGCUUGCUCUUUGCUGGUCUUUUGCUGAAUCACGAUGCGAUUCCCGCGUCUGCCUUGUGGUUGCAAAGCCUGUCAAUCUUCCAUUAUGGCUUCGAAGCCCUGAUUGUCAACGAGGUCACCUUCCUCACUUUGAUCGACCACAAGUAUGGCUUGGACAUCGAAGUCCCCGGAGCCUCGAUCCUGAGCGCAUUCGGCUUCAACACGCUUGCUUUCUGGCACGAUGUGAUUGGCCUCGCUGUGUUUUCCGGGGCCUUUAUCAUCAUUGCAUACGGAGCGAUGCACUUCCUGCUUAUCGAGAAGCGAUAA